AAUUAUAACGAAUAUCGUUAUAAAAAAAAUUGAUAAAAAAUAUUUUGGCAUAUGAUUUUGAGAGUGAAAGUUGACUAAAAUUUUUUAAGAGAAAUGCAAUAAAUAAUUAAAUAUUUUGUUUUUGAGGAAUUAAAUAUUUAAUUCAUAAAUAUUUAGCAGGGUUUUAGUGGCAUUUCAUUGCAGUUCAGCUCAUAUCUUCAAAAGCAGAGCAAUCAAGCUAGGGUUUUAACCGAAGAGAGAGAAAGAGAUGCUGUUCAUAGUGGGACUGGGUUUGGGUGACGAGAGAGACAUAACUCUCAGAGGCUUAGAGGCAGUGAAGCAAUGCGACAAGGUCUACAUCGAAGCUUAUACUUCUCUUCUCUCUUUCGGUAUUUCUUCGGAUGGUCUUUCUACACUGGAAAAACUUUAUGGAAGGCCAGUCAUUCUUGCCGAUAGAGAAAUGGUUGAGGAAAAAGCCGACGAAAUACUCUCUGCUGCUCGUGUUUCUGAUGUGGCUUUUCUUGUUGUUGGCGACCCUUUUGGAGCAACAACUCACACCGAUCUUGUUGUUCGGGCAAAGAAAUUGGGUAUUGUUGUGAAAGUAAUACACAAUGCUUCAGUGAUGAAUGCCAUUGGAAUUUGUGGGUUGCAGCUCUACCGUUAUGGAGAGACAGUAUCAAUCCCAUUCUUUACUGAAACAUGGAGACCAGACAGCUUCUAUGAGAAAAUUCAGAGUAACCGGAAUCUUGGUCUACAUACUCUCUGCUUAUUAGAUAUUCGGGUGAAGGAACCCUCUCUGGAGUCUCUAUGCAGAGGGAAGAAACAGUAUGAACCACCUAGAUACAUGUCGAUAAAUACUGCCAUUGAGCAGCUCCUGGAAGUUGAGCAAGCAAAAGUAGAUUCGGUAUACAAUGAAGACACAGAGUGUGUUGGUUUUGCUAGAAUUGGAAGUGAAGAUCAAAUCGUUGUGGCUGGUACAAUGAAGCAACUUCAGUCGAUUGAUUUCGGGGCUCCUCUUCAUUGUCUUGUUAUAACAGGCAAUACACAUCCAGUGGAAGAAGAAAUGUUGGACUUCUACAGAGUUGGAAAAGAGAAUUUGAAACAAGUAGAUGACAGGGCUUCAUAAUUUUUCUCCUUUGUUUCGAUCUUUUGAUAUAAUAUUCAUGUGCUUUCGUUGGUUGUGAAAGCCGCGUUUUAGUAAGGUUGUUUUCAGAAUUCAUCUAUAUUAUGAGUAUUGCUAUAAAACACAUUAAGGUGUUCAAUACCACGUACUAUUAUGAUCC